AAGGACACAUUCACACAGGCUUUGCUAGCACAAUGGUGGUUAGUGCCUGUUUUUAGGCUAAAAACUGAGGUUUUCUAUCAAAAAAGACUGGUUUGAGUCUGAGCUCUGGGCGUGCUACAGAGCAAGAAAAGAGCUACAAGAGGUUCUUUUGGUGUGCUGGAUGUGCCUAAGGAGAGCGGCCGCUCCUGUGCAAAGGAGAAAGUCUAAUGGCUAGCUAAAGAAAUGUUCUCUGUAUGAGUACUGCCAUUGUCUAUAUGCAUCGGUUUUACAUGAUCAACUCUUUCAAGGCUUUCGACAGAGUGUUGCUAGCUACAGCUGCAUUGUUUCUUGCUGCUAAGGUAGAAGAGCAUCCUCGGAAACUGGAGCAUGUGGCAAAGUGUUCAUACUCACUCGUGAACAGAGACAAACCUGACAGACUGGACCUGGACGUCCAGAGUGAAGUUUAUACUAAACUAAUUGAUGAUAUUACUUAUCAUGAGUUAGUGCUACUUCAGACACUUGGUUUUGAUGUUCAAGUGAAGCAUCCUCAUCCUCACGUAGUUCAGUGCAUGAAUCUCGUAGGAGUGAGUCGGGAUUUAAGUCAAGCCGCAUUCUUCCUAGCUCAUAACAGUCAAUUGUUGACAACGUUUUGUCUUGAGCACCCACCAACAGUAGUGGCAUGUAUGUGUAUACACCUAACCUGUGCCUGGAAGGGACUUGAGAUUCCAAGAUCUUCUGAUGAUAAGAAUUGGUGGGAAUAUGUAGACAGAUCUGUAACGUAUGACAAACUGGAAGGUUUAGCUACAGAAUUUCUAAAUAUUGUUGACAAGUCCCCGAGCAGAUUAAAGAAAAGGAUUCAAGACAACAUUAGAAUGGCUGUUGAGGGUGGUCGACCACUUGCUUCUUCUAGUCAAGGAACAAGUCGACAUCCCUCAACCCCUGCUACUCCUUCUCUUCAUCACAAACAUAAAGACAGACCAUCCUCUUCUCAAACCAGAAAACAACAAGCCCCUCCUCCUUCCUCUGGCAAGUCACACCCACCAGUGUCCCAAAAAAUCCAGCGAUCGUCCCCUCCCCCUCCUCCUCCCCCGAUACAUGGGGACCGCCCACCUCACUCUCUUCCGCCCGACCAACAGAAAAUGAGAAAGCACAAAGAGGCCUAUCACCAUCAUCACUUGCAUCACCAGAAUAAUUCGGGUGGAGCUGGGGGUAUGGUCAACAAACAGACCACGCCCAGUAGCAAUCAGCAUAAACACUCGUUACCUAAAGACUCUCAUUAUCCGAAGAAUAAGAAGAUAAAGAUGGAGGAAGCUUCAUCUCAGCCCUCAGCGUCUAGUCUUUCCAAGCAAUCUCUCUCUCUCAGCGACUAUCGACAAUCAAAACAUCAUCAUCAUCGUCACCAUGGCAACAGCGACCCAAACAGACCCCCAAAACAGGACAGGCACCAUUCUUCUAAUCACGUUUCAAAUAAACAUCAUCACACUCUCCCUCCCCUACCUCCCCCUUUACCCCUCAGUGAGGCUCCGCCCCCUCCCCCGCCCCCUCCUCCAAAUUAAAUAAAUACUUCUCUAGAAGAAGUUGUCUAUUAUUGUUUUUCAUUUCUUGAUUUGUUGUUCCUAAUAAUCACGUAAAUAAGUCUUUGAUGAUGUUGUUUGUUAUUUUUCAA